AUGUCCCUGUCGAGGUCUCCGUCACCACUACCAAAUGGAGGAUGGACUUCAAGAGGUUUGACCGACCGCAGUUCGACGCCCAACAGUCUAUAUGGCAACGUCAACGGCUUCAGUAAUAGCGAUGAUCAAUGGGCUGCAGCCAAGGCGAGAAGUGCCCAACUCAGAGGCUAUCCUAGCAUCCAAACCAAAAAUGAAGGGUUCUUUCAAAGAUCCAAGAGGAAGAUAUCCACAUUACCAGUUUUCAACAGUCCAUAUACACCUCUGUCGUCGAAUUGGAAAGAUCCCGAGAAACUGGGCCGGAGUCGGUGGACUCCAAGAGGUGGAAGUGCCUUGUCCAAGCUGAAAACUUUCGUUGGCAAUGUCCUACGAAAAUUCAAGUUUCUUUUUAUUAUUCUGUCUGUCGUCACACUGACAACUGUCAUCAUGUCACAAACAAAUGUUCGAGGCAAAUACCGCAGUAGUUCUCGGCUAGGCGGCGGAAGUAAAUUCGUCAUCAUCCUGGGAGCCAACGAAGGUGGAGGUGUAAUGGAAUGGAAAGGUCCGAGGGAGUGGGCCAUCGAGCGGGAUAGUAUUAAGAAUAAGAGGAAAUAUGCCGACCGCUGGGGCUACCAUUUGGAGGUCAGCGACAUGAGCACCAAGAAGAGAUAUGCCCACGAAUGGAGAGAGAGCUGGGAGAAGGUUGACCUUGUUCGCAAUGCCAUGGCAAAAUACCCCAAGGCUGAGUGGUUCUGGUGGCUCGAUUUGAAUACCUUCAUUAUGGAACCAUCUUAUUCGUUACAGUCGCACAUUUUCGCCGACCUCGCAAACAACGUCUACCGAGACAUUAAUGUGUACAAUCCACUCAAUCUCACACAUCCACCGGAAACGGACUUUCUCGAUUUCGUAGCCAGAUCGCCAACGGGAGACAACCUCACAUCCUCCAUCGACAUCAUCAUACCUCAAGAUUGUGACGGGUUUAACCUGGGAUCUUUCUUCGUUCGAAGGUCCUCAUUCACUGAUCGAUUGCUCGACAUGUGGUGGGACCCUGUUCUGUAUGAACAAAUGCAUAUGGACUGGGAACACAAAGAGCAGGACGCCUUAGAACACCUCUAUGCAUCUCAACCGUACAUGAGAACACAUUUUUCUUUCAUUGCGCAACGAAAGAUUAAUUCUUUUCCUCCUGGAGCUUGUGGUGGGGAAGCUAAGACAGGAGAGAACCCUCUCCUCAAUUCACGCUUUCAUUACAAUGAGGACGAGCGCGAUUUCCUCGUCAAUAUGGCAGGGUGUGAGUGGGGCCGGGAUUGCUGGGCAGAAAUGUACUCGUACCGCGAGCUCAGCAACAAGCUCAAUCAAUCAACAGGCGACAAGAUCAAGAGCUCACUCAAGAAAGGUUGGGCGGGACUCAAGAACUCCGUGCUGGGCGCAGACAAUAAAACUCCCAAGCGACAACAACAAUGA